CAUCGACUCCCCUUGCGUUGGACUGAUUGGAUGCGUUAUGCGCGAUUCCGGGCGGAGGUGGUGGCUAACAGCCCAGUUGAAGCUACAGCAGAACCAGAACUCCUGGUGCUUGACACGAGCCCUAGCUGUGAACUAGUCCAAGAGAUCGACAACACACCAGGGCCAUCUCCCCAGAAAACGGGGCAGGUGCCAAAUCCUGUGGCAGGCAGCGGAAACACAAUGGGUAACAUCACUUUGCAGAAUAGCAGCAGGGAGCUGCCGUGCCCUGGGACCAGUCAAGAGAUUAUAGCAAAGGCCCCUGAUCCCGAGGCUGUGGUGGUGCCAGGCCUCCUCGGGGAAGAGUCAGGAAGCAGUGAGCCACAGUGCAAAUCCAUUGAGCCCUUCCAGGCCUCAGAGUGCCCUUCGCCUGAUGCUGUGGCCACUGGUCGUCCUGGUUCUCAAACUGGAGCUCUUUCUGCCAAAGGUCUCACAGGCCAUGCUACCAAGACCUUCCCUGCCUCCCCCACCAAGGCUCUGGGUGCCAACAGAGCAAAGAUGACACUAACUGGGAUCAACAAAUCACCAAACUCCAUUCAGAGUCUUGCCAUGAAGCUACUCAGUGUGCCGACUGGCUGGGCUGGGAACGAAGUGGCACCUGUCCCCGUCGAGGCUCAGAGACCAACCUCAACUCCAGAUGAGAAGCCCAAGGUCCACAAAGCAAGGAAGUCAAUAUCCAGAUCAAGCACCAAUCAGAGGUUGGCUAUGGAACUAGGGACCUUGCCUACAGAACGGGCAGGCCAGACCCCUGGGGUGACGAUGGAGCCAGAACUUGCAGUCCCGGGUCAGGAUGAGAAUCAGGAGGUUCACAGAGCAAGGAAAUCAAUACUGAAAGGCAGUUUCAGUCAGAGCUUGGCAGAGAAGUUGGCAAGCUUGCCUGUCGGUCGGGCAGUUGGUGAAGCCCCUGGGGGAGUGGCAGAGUCAGAACAUGCAGUGCACUCUCCGGACGAGAACCAGGAUGUCCACCGAGCCAGGAAGUCGAUCCUCAAAGGCAGCUUCAGUCAGCGGAUGGCAGGUGUGCCGACUGGCCGGACAAUCAGUGAGGUUGGUGCAGAGACAGAGGUCACAGUCCCGGAUCCGGACGAGUAUCCAGAGAUCCACAGAGCGAGAAAAUCCUUUCUCUCAACAAACACCAGUCAGAAUUUGGGCAGGAGCCUUCAAAGUGAGUCCGUAGGCCAGGGCAGGAAUGAAGCCUCGACAGCGACUGCAGAGAGACAUGAUGCUCACCAGGGCCAGGUGGAGAAAGCAAAGGUCCACAGGGCCCGGAAGUCCAUGUUUAAACCCACCCCUGCUCAGAUAAAGCUGGUGGAGCUGAAAAGUGACUCUUGCCACCCGGAUCCUGUUAACCCAACUAUGCAGCAGCAGUUUGAGUUGCUGCCGGGCAGAGGUACGGCUGAAGCUGAAGCAGGUGUGCCAGCAGCACUCAUCAAGAAGAGAAAACCAGAAAACUUAGGCAUUGAAUCCCCAAAGAAGAUCAGUCUUCUGAAAGAAGAAAUGGCCAAGGAGCCAACACCACUGGGAUCUACGCGAGCAGGGCCCAGGGGAGGGGCUGAUGCAGUAACCAGCAGUGGGGCCUUGAAUUUGACUGGUGCUAUGAGCAGGGUCCACCCACAGGAGGCGAAGGAGGUCACAAGGGUAGCCGGUUCAGCUCCCAUUCUGGAUCUCUCUAAGGAGGCAGAACCUGAGAAGGAUGUGGAACCAAUGGAAGUGUUAGAUGAAUGGGAUACCGAGGUGGGCGAUGACUUCAACCUCUUCUAUGAUAGUUACUCUAUGGAUGGGAGAGCAGAUUCUGACAAGUCCAGCAAGACUGAGGGCGAUGCAGCUGAAGAUCGAUUGAGUGAUGUGGAGGAUGAUGAGGAGGAGCUAGAAGGUUCUGGAAAUAUCUCUGACAGGAGCUCCAACUCAAGCUUGAAAAGGAAAGGGAAGAAGAAGUGGAAGAGCGAGAGCCCGUGGGUGAAACCCACCCGAAAACGCAGGAGGAAAGAGCGCAUGAAGCAGGGUAAAGGAGCAGUUCCAGUGGGACAGACAACAGCCGAUUUCACAAAACUGAAAGAAGUGAUGAAUUCUUCAGGAGCAGGAGGAGGGAAUCAGGCACAGAGCGAAUACACAGAAGUCCCCCUGGGAUCUCUGGAGCUUCCCAAUGAGGGCAGCCUCUCCCCGCAGCCAACAGGCGUAUCCAAUGAUGCCAGCUCCAUGGAGACAGACAGAUUUGAGGAGCUGCCGCUGUGCAGCUGCCGAAUGGAGGCGCCAAAGAUUGACCGCAUCACCGAGCUCUCCAACAACAAGUGUAUGGCGACUGAAAGCACCGACGGACAGCUGAGCGGCUGCAGUAACAGCAUCACCAAAUGUGAGACGAUGAGACCAUCCAGUCGAGUGCCACUGAUGGUCCUGUGUGAAGUACACAGGGCUCGAAUGGUGAAACACCAUUGCUGCCCGGGCUGUGGCUACUUCUGUAUAGCGGGAUCGUUUCUGGAGUGUCACCCGGACUUCAGGAUCACUCACCGUUUUCACAAGAGCUGCGUCUCCCAGCUGAAUGGGAUGAUUUUCUGCCCACACUGUGGGGAGGAUGCUUCGGAAGCACAGGAGAUCACCGUGGCUAAAGCCGACACGUCCAGCAUGGUGCCGGUCCCAGCACCGCCCAGUCAGGAACACUUGAUGAAUGGCAGAGCCGAUACCACACAUGCCAGUGCUAGGAUGAGCGGGAAUGGAGAAGCAAAGAAAUCGAGCCUGGAGCCCCCCGCGGACAGUAUCGACAGCUCGGGUCCGUCCAUCGUCCUGCCGUCUGGGAGAACACUGUCAGCUGUUGGACUUCCACCUGGGCCCGGAAGAGAGGCUCUGGAGAAAGGGUUGGUUCUCCAGCAAGCUGAGAGGCGGAAAAAACUGCGAUUUCACCCACGGCAGCUAUACCUCUGGGCCAAGCAGGGGGAACUGCAGAAAGUGCUGCUCAUGCUGCUGGAUGACCAUGAUCCUAACUUCCAGACAGACCAGCAGAGCAGACGCAUGCCGCUCCAUGCAGCCGCCCAGAAAGGUUACCUGGAGAUCUGCCACAUCCUGCUGCAGGCUGGUGCAACAGUUGAUGUAUGUGACAAGCUCCAGAGGACUCCAUUAAUGGAAGCCAUCAUGAACAACCAUUAUGACGUUGUCAAAUUACUUGCAAAACAUGGGGCAUGUGUCUUCCACAAGGAAUUAGAUGCUUCCACAUGUCUGCACCAUGCUGCUAAAAAUGGGAGUGUCCAAAUGGUGCAUUUCCUGCUGGCUACUGGACAAGUGGACUUGAACACACAGGACAGUGGUGGUUGGACUCCGGUUAUAUGGGCAGCAGAACACAAGCACAUUGAAAUUAUCAAACUGCUUCUAGGUCGAGGGGCAAAUGUCACCUUGAAGGACAAUGAGGAGAAUAUCUGUUUACACUGGGCAGCCUUUGCUGGCUCCUCUGAUAUUGCUGAGGUGCUUCUGAACGCCAGGUGUGAUCUACACGCAGUAAACGUGCAUGGAGACACCCCGCUACACAUUGCAGCUCGGGAGAACUUCUAUGACUGUGUCAUACUGUUCCUGUCCCGUGGAGCGGACAUUGAAAUGAAGAAUCGUGAGGGAGAUAGCCCUUUGGAUUGCUGCAUCAUGAAUUCUCAGGUCUGGUUCGCCUUGCAACUCAACAAGAGGCUGAAACAAGGCAUCUUGAAUCGAGCAGUUCGCACGGAAAAGAUUGUCAGUAGGGACAUUGCCAGAGGUUACGAAAACGUCCCGAUACCAUGUGUGAAUGCAGUGGAUUCUGAAACCUCUCCAGAGGAUUACAAGUACAUCUCUGAGAACUGUGAGACGUCCACGAUGAAUAUUGACAGAAACAUCACACAUCUCCAGCACUGUACUUGCUUGGAUGACUGCUCCUCCAGUAAUUGCCUGUGUGGACAGCUCAGUAUUCGCUGCUGGUACGACAAGGAUGGGCGUCUUUUACAAGAAUUCAAUAAAAUUGAGCCACCCCUGAUCUUUGAGUGCAAUCAGGCAUGUUCCUGCUGGCGGACGUGCAAGAACCGUGUGGUGCAAAGUGGGAUCAGAGUUCGCUUACAACUCUAUCGGACAGAGAAAAUGGGCUGGGGCGUGCGAGCUCUGCAGGAUAUUCCACAGGGGACCUUCAUCUGUGAGUAUGUUGGUGAGAUCAUUUCAGACGCUGAGGCGGACGUGCGUGAAGAUGACUCCUACCUCUUUGACCUGGACAAUAAGGACGGGGAGGUGUACUGCAUUGAUGCCCGUUACUAUGGCAACGUAAGCCGCUUCAUAAACCACCUGUGCGACCCCAAUAUCAUUCCUGUACGUGUCUUCAUGCUUCACCAGGACCUCCGGUUCCCCCGGAUCGCAUUCUUCAGCAGUCGGGAUAUAAAAACAGGCGAGGAGCUUGGCUUUGAUUAUGGAGACCGGUUCUGGGACAUCAAAUGUAAAUAUUUCACUUGCCAGUGUGGCUCGGAGAAAUGCAAGCACUCCGCAGAGGCCAUUGCCCUGGAGCAGAGUCGCCUGGCCAGGCUCGAGUCAUAUCAGGACGCCAUUCCCGAGAGCAGCCUGACUGUAGUUGGACCCCCAUGAGACCAUCCAGCAAUCACGGAUUUCUCUCUCUAUCUUCUCCCCAUCUUCUCCCCACACUGAAACACCCCCUUUCAUUCUCCCCACCCCCCAACAACAAUAGCACCACUACAAAUCUGUUUCAAUUAUUUUCACUCAGAACUCUACAGCAUUAAGGCAGCAGCCAGCUCUGAGAUCAUUCCAGCGCAUGAGGAGCCAAGCUUGACCUGGAAGGAGGGUUGGCAUUUCCUUUUCCAUUCUUCAAGGCUCAGAUGAUUUCCUUUUGUCUCAUAACUCCAGCCAAAGGCCUUAAGCUUCUCCUGAAGCCAGCAGACAAGUCUGCUCGGGAACCGGCAACCUGAGAGGGAGUCACCUUGUCAGUCUGCCUCUCGGCCAACAGCAGGAAUGUCCCGCUGCUACCUGUGGGACACCCUGGUCAUACACCACGCUUCGAGGCAAAAAUGAAUCUGAUGUCUCAACACUUUCCGCUCCGUUUGUAUGGAGCAGGUAUUAUCGCAGGAUUCUAUUCAACUGGUUCUUUUCACCCUGCAUCUUAAACUGUGAAUUUAAUUUUUUAAUUUGUAUUAUUGUAAUAAUUAAUUAAUUGGAAAGUGGUGUUCCAGGUGAACUUUUAGAAUCGGGUUGCAGUUGCCUCAAUCACCCACAAGUCACAACACGGCUGCUUGUCACUGAAUGAAUUCCUGGUGGAGCUUCUUUCUGUGUCCAGUUAAACUGGUUAAGAGGUCAGGGAAAGUGUGCAGAUGGUACCUUGGUGAGAUGAGCAGCAGGACACUAGUCUGUUGGGACUGGAAUGCGUUAUGAUAUCUGACCCCCAUCUGACUUGCCUCGCUAAAGGGCAGUAUUUAGUCGCUCAGAAUCCAAGAUCUCACUUUCCACUUUUUUUUGAAUGGGAUUCUGCGAGCAAUUUCACCAUCCCCUUGUGUUUUCUCUGUUGACUGUGUUACACCCUAAUCUUGAGGUACACACCCAUGCCGGCUGCUGUCUCUCUUUCCGUUGUGUGUCAACAUUUAUUUGCAUCCUUUAAACGAAUGUGGAUAUCACAGGCUAGGAUGCCCAGUCCUGACUGCCUUUGAACAGGUGGUGUUGAGCUGCCGCCUUGAACUACUGCAGGCCAUGUGGUGUAGGUAGGAACUUGUGAGGGGAGAUGCUCCCACGUGUCUGGCGCCCAUGACCUUGUUCAGUUUUGGAAGCAUGUCAUUGCACAUUCUGUCAAUUGAACUUCAGCCCAUUUAUUGAAUGACAGCAAUGGUAGAGAAACUGGACUGGUGUUUCUAACUGGACAGUUGGGCUUUAACACUGACUGGAUAGAGACUCUAGAUCAGUGUUGAUACUUGAUGGGAGGAGCAUUAAUCCUCAUCUAACAGCAAUAUAUUGCGGCUUCUAAAAAUGAUAAAAUAAAAUCAGCAAAGGUAGGAAAUAUUCAGCAGGUCUGGAGAAGCUGUGUUUUGCCAAGGCUUACUGGGUAACAUGCUGGCAACUGUUUCAGGAGUAUAUUCAGAACGCAACCCAAGUUCGUAAUCCAGACUGACAUUCUGACUGCAAUAUGAGGAGUCCUUGCCUUGUUGGAGAAGCGGCAGUGAGGGAGUGCCACUCCGUCAGAGGGACAGUAGUGUGGGGGUGCUGCCUGUCGGAAGGGUAGUAGUGAGGGUUUGCCACACAGUUGGAAGAGGUGAUGUUCAGAUAUUAAGCCAAGAACCAGCUAGCCCUGUUAAUUGGAUGUAAGAUGUCCUGUACCCGCAGUUUUGAGACAGAACCAAGAAGAUUUCCCCACUUUCCUAGGCCAGUGUUUAUCCUACAACCAACAUUAUCUUAAAAAAAAUGUGGAUAUGAUUUUUAGACACUAUUGUUUUGCUGUAUGAGGGAUCUUGCUGUGAGCAAAUUGGACACUGCUUUUAUUCCUACAUUUACAAUACAGAGACUGCCCUUCAUAUACAUGUAACAAAGCAAAGCACUGUGGGAGAUUAACAUUUUAUGCCAAUGUUUCUCUUCCCAGGAAGACCCCCUCAUCCUACCACUGCCUCACAUUGUCUUAUUGACUUGGACUAAGUUUGUUCCAUGUGACUAAAUGGAAAAAUAUUUGUGAGUGAUUUUGUAUGUGAGUACCUUAAGAAAAGUGUUUUUUUUUUCAAAAAAAAAAAUGGAGUGGGAUAGAGUGCGUCCUGAAUUUGGCUGUGAAAGCUUUGUGACACUUAACUAGCCGUUUUUCCAGUUCUCCAUUGGUGUCCAGUGACUGAAAAAUAUUUGCCUGCUCCACAGUUUGUCAGCCUGGCUCAAAUCUGGUUUCAUGCACCAACUAAGGUGUGUAAGCAGGUACAUACCUCUGGCAACUGAGUAGAGGUUUGACAGCAUUUGAUCAAAUGUAUUCAGUUUUUGGUGUUCUAAGGAUCUGGAAUACCCCCACACUCAUCCAAAAAAAAGUUUUUUUUUCAUAAAGCACCCCUCUUUGGGAUUUUGUUUCUGUUUGAUACUGUUCAUUAAAAGAUCAUUAUACUCGUUUUUUUUUAAA